AUGAUGUGCUUUAGGAAUCUCCACAUAACAGCAGAAUGCAGACCCAACCAGAAACACAAAACCACCCAACUUACCAUUGAAAGCACCAUAAAGAAAUCAAAUGGAGAGAUUCAGGAGAAACCAGAGAGUGGCGAUAAUGUGGAACUUGCUACCACAGGUGUGGUUAAGGCGAAUAGUAUAAAUGCUUUGAAAGGGGAGCUGGAAAAGCAUGGAUUAAACUCAAUGAAGAUGAGGCACAUGGGCUUGCAACUCCUGAAGAUUUUAUUAAUACUGGCAUCUCAUGUGGAUUGGGCGAAAGGCAUCUUGAAAAGCAACCCUACCCUGAACAUUGCCGUGAUCCUUGGCGGCACAUCCUGCGAGAUGGACAUCAAAGAUGUUUUGAACAAAGAUGAUUUCCAACAUUUGCCCAUUGAUCCCAAUGUGGUGCAGGUGACCAUCAACGAGACCGACCCCAAGAGCAUCAUUACACGCGUUUGCGAUCUCAUGUCUGGUAUGAAAAUGCACGGUGUGGUUUUUGGUGAUGACACGGAUCAUGAGUCCAUUGCAGAAAUUUUGGAUUUUAUUUCAGCUCAGACUAUGAUCCCAAUUCUUGGAAUACAUGGCGGUUCCUCGAUGAUAAUGGCUGACAAGGAUGUCUCAUCAAUGUUCUUCCAAUUUGGGCCAUCGAUUGAGCAGCAGGCCUCAGUGAUGUUGAACGUUAUGGAGGAGUAUGACUGGUAUAUAUUUUCUAUUGUAACAAGCUACUUCCCUGGGUACCAGGAGUUUAUCAAUAAGAUCCGAAGCACCAUUGAAAACAGUUUUGUUGGCUGGGAGAUGGAGGAGGUCAUGUCUCUGGAUGUUUCAACGGAUGACGGGGAGUCCAAAAUCCAAAACCAACUGAAGAAGCUUCAGAGUCCUGUCAUCCUCCUCUUUUGUACCAAGGACGAGGCCACCUACAUCUUUGAGGUGGCCGAGUCGGUUGGCCUCACAGGCUAUGGCUACAUCUGGAUUGUGCCAAGUACAGUCACAGGGAACACGGAUAUUAUUCUGCCAGAGUUCCCAACGGGACUCAUUUCUGUUUCCUACGAUGAAUGGGAUUAUGGACUCCCGGCCAGGGUGAGGGACGGAGUGGCCAUUAUCACCACCGCUGCCUCAACCAUGCUGGCUGAACGCAGGGAAAUCAUGGAACCCAAAACCAGCUGCUACAGUGUGCAGGAAAGAAGGGCUCAUCAAUCAAACACUUUGCACAGAUACCUGAUGAAUGUAAGCUUCGAGGGGCGAAAUCUCUCCUUUAGUGAAGAUGGGUACCAGAUGCAUCCCAAAUUAGUUAUAAUCUUGCUGAACAAAGAGCGAGUCUGGGAGAAGGUCGGGAAGUGGGAGGCGAAGAGGCUGACAAUGAAGUACCACGUCUGGCCCCGAUACUACUUGUUCUCAGAGUCGGAGGAAGAAGACGACCACUUGAGCAUCGUCACACUGGAGGAGGCGCCCUUUGUCAUUGUGGAGGACGUCGACUCCCUGAGUGGAACGUGCAUGAGGAACACGGUGCCCUGCAGGAAACAGGUCAAAGCCAUCAACGAGACUGAAGGAGGAAUCUAUAUCAAGCGGUGCUGUAAAGGAUUUUGCAUUGACAUUUUGAAGAAAAUUGCAAAGUAUGUCAAGUUUACAUAUGAUUUAUAUCUGGUGACAAAUGGAAAACAUGGGAAGAAAAUCAAUGGGACAUGGAAUGGCCUGGUUGGAGAAGUGGUACGGAAACAGGCACAGAUGGCUGUGGGCUCACUGACUAUUAAUGAAGAAAGAUCGGAGGUGGUGGACUUCUCGGUCCCUUUUAUAGAGACUGGGAUCAGUGUAAUGGUGUCACGGAGCAAUGGAACUGUGUCACCCUCUGCAUUUCUGGAGCCAUUCAGUGCAGAUGUCUGGGUGAUGAUGUUUGUCAUGCUCCUGAUUGUCUCGGCUGUCGCAGUUUUCGUCUUUGAGUACUUCAGCCCUGUGGGAUACAACCGGUGCCUGGCUGAUGGAAGAGAACCGGGAGGGCCUUCUUUCACCAUUGGGAAAGCCAUCUGGCUGCUCUGGGGCCUUGUUUUCAAUAACUCGGUGCCAGUCCAGAACCCGAAGGGAACGACGAGCAAGAUUAUGGUGUCAGUCUGGGCCUUCUUCGCUGUGAUCUUCCUGGCCAGUUACACAGCCAACCUCGCGGCAUUCAUGAUCCAAGAGGAAUAUGUGGACCAAGUAUCGGGCCUCAGUGAUAAGAAGUUUCAAAGACCAAAUGAUUUUUCUCCUCCUUUCCGGUUUGGGACCGUUCCCAAUGGAAGCACAGAGAGAAACAUCCGGAACAAUUACUUUGAAAUGCACAGCUACAUGACUAAGUACAACCAGAAGUCGGUGCUGGAUGCAUUAAUAAGCCUGAAGGCAGGGAAAUUGGAUGCUUUUAUUUAUGAUGCAGCUGUGCUGAACUACAUGGCUGGGAGAGACGAGGGCUGCAAACUCGUGACGAUCGGCAGUGGCAAGGUAUUCGCAACCACUGGCUAUGGAAUCGCCAUCCAGAAGAGCAGCGGCUGGAAACGCCCUGUGGACCUUGCCAUCCUGCAGUUAUUUGGGGACGGAGACAUGGAGGAGCUGGAAGCUCUCUGGCUGACUGGCAUCUGUCACAACGAGAAGAACGAGGUGAUGAGCAGCCAGCUAGACGUUGAUAACAUGGCGGGUGUGUUCUACAUGUUGGGCGCUGCGAUGACACUGAGUCUUCUCACCUUCAUCUGCGAACACCUCUUUUACUGGCAGCUGAGACACUGCUUCAUGGGCAUCUGCACUGGCAAACCAGGUGUCAUGUUUUCAGUCAGCAGGGGUAUAUAUAGCUGUAUCCAUGGCGUCCCCAUCGAAGAUAAUAAGUCUUGCAUGGAGUCCCCGACUGCCACUGUGAACGACACCCAUUCCAAUAUCAUGCGGUUGCUGAGGACGGCUAAGAGCAUGGCCAACCUCACCGGGGUCAACGGCACGCACUUCGGCUCUCCCCAGAGUGCCCUCGACUUCAUCGGGCGCGACCCAUCAGUCUUCGACGUCUCGGAGCACAGGCGGAGCUUCACCCAUUCCGACUGCAAAUCCUACCAACCCGAUGACAACCUCUUCAGCGACUACAUCAGUGAGGUGGAGAGGACAUUUGGGAACCUCCAUGCCAAGGACACCAACAGCAUCUACCAAGAUCAUUACCAUCAUCACCGCCCGCACAGUAUCGCCAGCACCAGCUCCUUGGACAUCCCGUACGAGUGCGACAACGCGAUGUUUGGCACCCAAGGCAGGCCGUUGUCAAGGAAGCCCUUUGAAAUCGGUUUGCCCUUGAAACAUGCACAAGGCCACCUCAGUGAUAGCUAUGAGAACCACAAGUACCUGUUCAAAAAUGAUCGCUACGCCCACGAUGACCUGAUUCGAUCCGACGUCUCGGACAUAUCGACUCACACGGUGACCUACGGCAACAUAGGCAACACCAAGCGCCGUAAGCAGUACAAAGACAGCCUUAAGAAGAGGCCGGCUUCGGCCAAGUCCCGGAAGGAGUUUGACGAAAUCGAGCUCGCCUACCGGCGGAAGGCGCACACCUCGGACCGGAAGGCGCGCUUCUUCAACAAGGACAAGCUCCGGGAUUUCUACCACGACCAGUUUCGCUGCAAGGAUAACACGUCCCACUGGGAGCACGUGGACCUGACCGACCUCUACAAGAGCCACGACGAUGACUUCACGAAGCACGACCCCUCCGGCUCUCGCCUGAGCAGGCCGCACCACGUGCACGUCGGCGAGUUUGGGGCGGGCGAGCGCAAGAGCAACCUGCACGCCUCCACCGUGGGCCUGUGGGACAAGAACAUGGGCAUGGCAGAGUGGAGCGAGCACCAGCCUGAGAACUACUGCCACAACUGCCCCUCCAAGCUCCACAACUACGGAGGGCAGAACGCCAACAGGGCGGCCUGCCUUUGGUGUGAAGCCUGCAAGAAAACAGCCACCCUGUACGAUAUCAGCGAGGACAACUCAUUGCAAGAUGUGGACCAGCCGCUCCCCUCAGGAGCCGGCGUCACCAAGUACCACCAGAGCCCGACCGACUCCACCAAGUUGCAAAGGCGCAACCGCAACAAGCUGCGCCGGCAGCACUCCUACGACACGUUUGUCGAGAUGCAAAAAGAAGAUAACGUGGCCAUCACCCCGCGGAGCGUGAGCCUGAAGGAGAAAGACCGCUUCCUCGAGGGCAGCCCUUACGCGCACAUGUUUGAGACGCCGGCCGAGUCGGCCUUUGUCACCAAGCCCUCCGCGCCGGAGCGCCACAACCUCAGCCGCUAUACCUUGAGCAAAUCCCUCUACCCCGACCGGGUCACUCAGAACCCCUUCAUCCCCACCUUCGGUGACGACCAGUGCUUGCUUCACGGCAGCAAAUCGCACUUCUUCAAGCACCCGGCCGUCUCCAAAGCGCGCUUCGACUUCCACCCUUCAGCUAAGGCGGCCUCGUCCGUGCUCAACGCCAUGCCGGCCAGGUUUCAGAAGGAAAUGUGCACAGGAAGCCAGCCGACAGUGUGUGUGGCAAAUAACAAGACUCCCAGGGCUUUCAACGGGUCCAGCAAUGGACACGUAUACGAGAAACUCUCCAGCAUUGAGUCGGAUGUCUGA